ACAAUUUUUUUAAAUGAUUAUGACGAAGAUAGUUCAACAAUUAUAGAUAGCGAAGAAGAGUAUAGUAAGCGUUUAUUAACAGGUGUUGUAUAUUGGAAUUCAACCGCUGAGGGGCCCCCAAAUUGUGUUCAUGGGAGGCGCAAUUUGCUCAUUUUUUGAUGAUAGCAUGGCAUGUUGCAUAAGAUAUUUUUAUAAUAAUAAUUUUAAUGAUUUAAAAUCAAACCAAAACCAAAACGAAAACCAAAAUCAAAAUCAAAAUCAAAAUCAAAAUCAAAAUCAAAAUCAAAAUCAAAAUCAAAAUCAAAAUCAAAAUCAAAAUCAAGAUCAAGAUGAAAAUGAAAAUAAAAGUAAUAAUAUACCCAAAAUUGUAAUUUCAAAUUCAAAAAACUAUGUUGUAACAGCAAAUUUAUCAGUAAAUUAUAAGAAAUUUGUUGUAUUGGAAAGCUUUUCAUCUGUAGAAACCAAAAUUCAAAAGAGAGAAGGAAGAAAAAUUUAUGUUUUAUCAACUUUAAAAGAUCAAUUUGGUGUCGUUAGAGCUGAAGCAACCGCUGUUUGGAUUGUUGUUAAAAUUGAAACCCCAAUUAAUAAUAAUGUUUCGCCGCCAUCUUUCCUGUCACCUCUACCCUCGCCUAAUAGCAGUAAAAAAGAUUAAAAACUAAUAAAUAUAGUUAAAUAUACAUUAUUAUAUUAUUUAUUAAUAAAUUAUAUAAUAAUAUUUUAAAAUUUUUUUUUUUUACAAAC